AUGUGUUUGCAAUCGGCACUAAGUUUCUUAGACCAGGCUUCGGCACUGAGUGAUGAUGCCGUCGCAAUGAUGGAUAGAUUUGCAGCCGAGAUGUUGGAAGACUGGAAUGAUGAUGAUGAUGACGUUAUCGCAGAUGUUGCCAGGAUUGUAGAUGACAUGUUGGCUGAUAACCCGAAUGCCCGAUUUCAGAGUAGGGUGAAAAGAACCUCGGUGGGUUCUGAAAAAGUGUGUGGUACAAAGAAGAUCUGUAUCGGCGUUCCUGAGAGUGUUGUUUCUGAGUGUGUUGUUGCUGAGCGUGUUGCUGGAUUUCCGGUAAUGUUGCCUCAAGAUCAGAAGCGGAGCUUUCUAAAUGCCCGUUAUCUAGUAUGGGCAUAUGACAUAUGUAGGUACGGUUGGUGGCAGUUGCUGCCAUUCGAAGUACCGAAGCCAUGUUCAAUAUUUGGAUUGGCGCAACGAGCUAUUGAGUGGAACGAAGCUAAGCGAGCUAACCCAGGUUUAAAAGCCAACUCCGCAAUGGAAUGUCGAUGUUAUAACCACCCUGGGAAGCCUCGAUGGGGCCCAGUCUUGAAGACUAUAGGAGAUCUGCAAGUGCCCAUGACCAUGAUAUCGAGUGAAUUUUCUAGACAAAAGCGAAGACAACGAAUAGAACAGAACCUGGCCAAGUUGCGCGAUAUACAAACCAACGACCCUGCAUAUGACCGUGCACAUGACCGUUCAUACGAGCUCAUUCUUAACGGCUACCCUCCAUCACAUCUGCUGGAUGUUUCUGGCAACAAAUUUAUGAUUGCCACAAAAGCAGACACAAAACUCCGAAUCCCGUCCCGAUACCUAGUUUGGGCGUACGACUCGCUGAAUCAGGGCUGGUCGGGUGCGAUACCCAAGAGCAUUUCAAGACCAGGAUUGUCUGUAUUUAGAUUGGCUCAGGAGGCGUACGAAUGGGAAAGAACUCAAAAAAUCUUCCUUCUGACUGCGGGCUGUUACCGCUGCGGAGAAGGCGGCAAGACUCAUUGGACUGAGGAAGCUUGUGAGAGAUGCCAUGAAUGGUCUUUGGAAGAAUUUUGGGAAUGGCUUCGAUCUAGACAUUUUUGGAGAAUUUACGAACAUUUAAAAAACGCAAGUCAGUCGAGAAAAUUAAAUCAGUCGAGAAAAUUAAAUCAGCCGAGAGAAUUAAAUCAGCCGAGAGAAUUAAGUCAACAGGCAGGUCCAAGCGCAGACUUUUAUGAACAGGCAGACUGGAGUCCAAUUGCAGACUCCAGUGAAGGGGACGAAUUUUGCUGGGGUGAACCCUUUUCAGAGAGGUUACCGGAGUUGGUUGAUGCAAUUGGCUUCGAUUGUCCAGCGGAAAUCGGAGACGUGCGAUCCCUGGUGUUCGGUAGGAGGAUCGAGAAGUUCAUGCCGGCAGACAACCACACGUCGUUCACGUGCCGGUUCGUACAGUGGUGGAAUAAUUGGGGUAGAUUUGUUAAGAAGAGAGCAAGCAAACGAGGUGGUCGAUGGAAGUGUUUUGGGAGUGCUAGUCGAUGGCAACAGGAGCGGCUUAUUUUGCACAGAGUUGGAUUUGCUCUAAGUCGCGGCGUCGACCAAAAUACGGAGUGA